GAAUGCGCGGUGCUCCGAGUCCGGCCUUGCCGCGCCGCCGCUCCCCCGCGCCGGCCGGGGUCACCUUCAUGGGCGGGCGGGAGCGCGCGGCGCUGCCCGCGGCCUGCUGAGGCGGCGGCGAGGCGGCGGGAGGAGCGAUGUUCGUGCAGGAGGAGAAGAUCUUUGCGGGGAAGGUGCUGAGGCUCCAUGUGUGCACCAUGGAGGGCGCCGAGUGGCUGGAGGAGGUGCCCGAGGACACCACGGUGGAGAAGCUCAAGGAGCGGUGCCUGAAGCACGUAAGGAGCGGGAGCGGCACCGGGAGCGGCACCGGGAGCGGCACCGGGAGCGGCGGGGAUGGGGCUGCGAAUCAGCGGAACGAGCGGAGUGAACAGUCCUGGGCAAAGGGAAACUGCCCCUGUCUUCCUGGGAGCUUGGAGGAUCCCAAAACUGUGACACAUCACAAGCUGAUCCAUGCUACUUCUGAGAAGGUGCUGACAGACACAAAAACAGUGUUGGAGGAGAACAUUCAGGACAGAGAUGUGUUGCUGCUGGUCAAGAAGCGCGCGCCGACGCUGCUCCCCAAGAUGUCAGAUGUGGUUGCAGAGGAGAAAAGGAAGCAGGAGCAGAAGGCUCCUGACAAGGAUGCCAUCCUCAAAGCCACUGCCAACCUGCCCGCCCGCAGCGCGGACCGCAGCGUGACCCACCACAACAUGAGGGAUUUUCCUUUCUUGCAGUUCCAGACAGAGCUCCGGAAGAUUUUAGUGUCUCUCAUAGAAGUUGCACAGAAAUUGCUAGCACUGAACCCUGAUGCAGUUGAACUAUUUAAGAAGGCAAAUGCCAUGCUGGAUGAGGACGAGGAGGACAGGGUGGACGAGAUCGCGCUGCGCCAGCUCACCGAGAUGGGCUUCCCAGAGAGCAGAGCUGUCAAAGCCCUCAGGCUGAACCACAUGUCCGUCACCCAGGCCAUGGAGUGGUUGAUAGAACACGCCGAUGACCCUUCUGUGGAUGCUCCUCUGCCAGGUUCUGCUGCUGCAGAAGCCCCAGCUGAAGGUGCUGCCUCCUCUGCUGAGGCAGCUGCGGGUCCCAGCUCGGAGGAGGGCGGGGAGGAGGCCAAGGAUGAGCUGACUGAAAUCUUCAAGAAGAUCCGCAGGAAAAGAGAAUUCCGUCCAGACCCACGGGCUGUCAUUGCCCUGAUGGAGAUGGGAUUUGAUGAAAAGGAAGUGGUGGAUGCUCUCAGAGUGAACAACAACCAGCAAAAUGCAGCUUGUGAGUGGCUGCUGGGAGACAGAAAACCUUCUCCAGAGGACUUAGAUAAGGGCAUUGACACCAACAGCCCUCUCUUCCAAGCCAUCUUAGAAAACCCAGUGGUACAAUUAGGGCUCACCAACCCUAAAACUCUACUAGCCUUCGAGGAUAUGCUUGAAAACCCCUUGAACAGCACUCAGUGGAUGAACGAUCCCGAGACGGGGCCGGUGAUGUUACAGAUCUCCCGAAUCUUCCAGACACUGAACCGCACGUAGAGGGAGCUGCCAGUGCACUGUGCCACCUCCCCCUGCCCCUCACUGCCCCCCACCUCCUCAGGAGGCUGCCUGGAUGGUUGGGAAGGGGUGGAGGGAAGGGAGGGAAGGGGGAGAUCCUGGCUCGAGGGGUCUCUCGCACGAGAGCUUUCGUAGUUACGGCCAACAGGAGUGAGUUGCCUUGUGGAUUUAGUGUUAGUGGGAGAGGUUUGAGGAUUUGUUCAUGUUUUCAGGUAUUAGGUUUAAAAUAAAGUAUAUAUAUUAAAAAAAAAAUAGGAAAAAGGUUUUGUGAAAACACUUAAGAAUCUGAUUGUUGGAAAGAAAUAUUGCUCGUUCAAAAGGCCUGUGACAGUUUUCUGGCCAGUUUUGCUAGGAUCUGGCUGGUGUUUACAAAAGGUCACUGACCACUAGCAUAGGAUAUUAAUCAUCUCCAUACAGUAUUAAUUUAUAGCUCUUAUCAAAUUGCAAAACUGCUUUUAAAAAAAAAAUAAAUUGAUUCUUAGGAAAUGUUUUUUAAAAGCCCAAAUCUUGGGAGAGCAAGCACAUUUCUAUCCAAGCUUGUUCAUCUGGCAUUCUAAUUUAAGCAGAAUCAUUCAGAGAUGGAAUUCUAAUAAAUAGCAUUACUUUUUCCUAUUUA